CUUCGAGCCGCCACGUAACGCCACGUCCCCGCGCAUGCGCAUCGCGGCUGGCGGCGGCGGCUGUUUCCGGGCUCUGGGGGCUGGAGCGGCUGCUGAGUGGGUGGCGGUGGUGGCGGAGGCCGGGGUGCUCGGAGCGCGGACUCCGGGGCCAGGCCCUUCCUGGGGCGAGGGAGGCUGUGUUUUUCUUUUCGCUGAGGGGCUGGUGAGGCCGGCGUCCGAGGGGCAAGAUGAAUUUCCUCCGCGGGGUGAUGGGGGGUCAGAGUGCCGGACCCCAGCACACCGAAGCCGAGACGAUUCAAAAGCUUUGUGACCGAGUAGCCUCAUCUACUUUACUAGAUGACCGAAGAAAUGCUGUGCGUGCUCUCAAAUCAUUAUCUAAGAAAUACCGCUUGGAAGUAGGAAUCCAAGCUAUGGAACAUCUUAUCCAUGUUUUACAAACGGAUCGUUCGGAUUCUGAAAUAAUAGGUUAUGCUUUGGACACACUAUAUAAUAUAAUAUCUAAUGACGAAGAGGAAGAAGUAGAAGAAAAUUCCACAAGACAGAGUGAGGAUUUGGGAAGUCAGUUUACAGAAAUUUUCAUUAAGCAGCCAGAAAAUGUCACUCUCCUGUUAUCUUUGUUGGAGGAGUUUGAUUUCCAUGUCCGCUGGCCUGGUGUGAAACUUCUCACUUCUCUUUUAAAACAACUAGGGCCCCAAGUGCAACAAAUUAUUUUAGUCAGUCCCAUGGGUGUUUCAAGACUGAUGGACUUACUGGCAGAUUCAAGAGAAGUUAUACGUAAUGAUGGUGUCUUACUACUACAGGCACUAACAAGAAGCAACGGAGCAAUCCAGAAAAUUGUUGCUUUUGAAAAUGCUUUUGAGAGACUACUGGACAUUAUUACAGAGGAGGGGAACAGUGAUGGAGGUAUAGUUGUCGAGGAUUGUUUGAUUUUGCUCCAAAACUUGUUAAAAAACAACAAUUCCAACCAAAAUUUUUUUAAAGAAGGUUCAUAUAUUCAGCGUAUGAAACCUUGGUUUGAAGUUGGAGAUGAAAAUUCUGGUUGGUCUGCACAGAAAGUGACAAAUCUACAUUUAAUGCUACAGCUUGUUCGGGUAUUGGUAUCUCCCACCAACCCUCCUGGUGCUACCAGUAGCUGCCAGAAGGCUAUGUUCCAGUGUGGGUUACUGCAGCAACUUUGCACUAUCCUAAUGGCAACUGGAAUUCCUGCUGAUAUCCUGACUGAGACCAUAAAUACUGUAUCAGAAGUCAUUCGAGGCUGCCAAGUAAACCAGGACUAUUUUGCUUCUGUAAAUGCACCUUCCAACCCCCCACGACCAGCAAUUGUAGUGCUUCUCAUGUCCAUGGUUAAUGAAAGGCAGCCAUUUGUAUUGCGCUGUGCUGUUCUCUACUGUUUCCAGUGUUUCUUAUAUAAAAACCAAAAAGGACAAGGAGAAAUUGUGUCAACACUUCUACCUUCCACUAUUGAUGCAACAGGUAAUUCAGUCUCAGCUGGUCAAUUAUUAUGCGGAGGUUUGUUUUCUACUGAUUCACUUUCAAACUGGUGUGCUGCUGUGGCUCUUGCCCAUGCUUUGCAAGAAAAUGCUACUCAGAAAGAACAGUUGCUCAGGGUUCAACUUGCUACGAGUAUUGGCAACCCUCCAGUGUCUUUACUGCAACAGUGCACCAACAUCCUUUCCCAGGGAAGCAAAAUACAGACAAGAGUUGGGUUGUUAAUGUUGCUUUGUACCUGGCUAAGCAACUGUCCCAUUGUAGUAACUCAUUUUCUUCACAAUUCAGCAAAUGUUCCAUUUCUUACAGGCCAAAUCGCAGAAAAUCUUGGAGAAGAAGAGCAACUGGUCCAAGGCUUAUGUGCUCUUCUUUUGGGCAUUUCAAUUUACUUCAAUGAUAAUUCACUUGAAAACUACAUGAAAGAGAAACUAAAGCAACUAAUAGAAAAGAGGAUUGGCAAAGAAAAUUUCAUAGAGAAACUGGGAUUUAUUAGCAAACAUGAGCUGUACUCCAGAGCAUCACAGAAACCCCAGCCCAGCUUCCCCAGUCCAGAACAUAUGAUAUUUGAUCAUGAGUUUACAAAACUGGUCAAAGAACUGGAAGGUGUUAUAACUAAGGCUAUUUAUAAGUCCAGUGAGGAAGAUAAAAAAGAGGAAGAGGUAAAGAAAACGUUAGAACAGCAUGAUAACAUUGUGACUCACUAUAAGAAUAUGAUUCGUGAGCAAGAUCUACAGUUGGAAGAACUGAAACAGCAAGUUUCUACAUUGAAAUGUCAAAAUGAACAGCUCCAGACAGCAGUCACGCAGCAAGUAUCUCAGAUUCAGCAGCACAAGGAUCAGUAUAAUCUUCUUAAAGUUCAACUCGGAAAAGACAGUCAUCAUCAAGGUUCUCACAGUGAUGGGGCUCAGAUGAAUGGCAUUCAGCCAGAAAUCAGUCGGUUGAGGGAAGAGAUAGAAGAGUUAAAAAGUUAUCAGGAGCUUUUACAAAGCCAGCUAGCCGAAAAGGACUCUUUGAUUGAAAAUUUGAAAUCUUCCCAAACAUCUUCUGUCAUGAAUGAACAGACUUCAGCAACAGCCUUACCUAGAGAUUCUGAGCAAGUUGCAGAAUUACAACAGGAACUGGCAACAUUAAAGUCUCAGUUAAACUUACAGUCUUUAGAGAUCACCAGACUACAGGCAGAAAAGCAGGAACUGUUACAGAAAACAGAAGCCUUGGCAAAAUCAGUUCCUGUGCAAGGAGAGGGUGAGAAUGUAGCAGCUGCAAAAACUACUGACGUGGAAGGAAGGCUGUCAGCACUGCUGCAAGAGACCAGAGAGCUGAAGAAUGAAAUCAAAGCUCUGUCUGAGGAAAGAACUGCCAUUAAAGAGCAACUGGACACAUCUAACAGCACCAUUGCCAUUUUACAGAACGAGAAGGAAAAGUUAGAUUUGGAAAUUGCAGAUUCUAAAAAAGAACAAGAUGAUCUCUUGGUGCUGUUGGCUGAUCAGGAUCAAAAGAUACUGUCAUUGAAGAGUAAACUCAAGGAUCUUGGUCAUCCAGUAGAAGAAGAAGAUGAGUCUGGAGACCAAGAAGAUGAAGAUGAUGAAAAUGAAGAUGGUGACAGGGACCAGGAUAUCUAGCUUUAAACUCUAGGAAUGUAGAGAUUAUGUCAUUACUUUGAAAGGGUCUUAAGACAGUGCUUUGAUUUGCCUACGUGGAAAAUAAAGCUUUAGAAACCAAA